AGGAGGUGCCCACUAGUGUGCCUGGCUGGUCUGAGGAAUCUGUGUCACUAUGUCCUCCACUGACGUCUUCCUGACUUGACUCCCACUGGUUUUGGGUUGCGUUCUUCAAGGCUAGGUGAACCGCUGCGUUAAGCAAGCUCUUGGCAGAUCCAAGGCCUCGACAAGCUUGGAAGUCUUGGGUGUGGCCUCAGAGAGAAACCAGGUGUUUCAGUGAUGACCAGAGAGACGCUCCUCUCCAGACCCGCUGCAGGGGGAUGCCUUUUUUGGCGACAGCAGCUCCUGAAAGACCAUCAACCACAUCGCAUGAGCUGGGUGUGAGUGUGUAAAAGGUCACCUCAUUGUUACGUGAGACUCACUGGAAAGAAGCUCAGAGUCGAUCUGGACCAGCCUCCCUCCACAUGGAGAAAAGCUUUCUCCAAAGCCCUGGAACGAGCUGUUUGUUGGACAGUCCAACCGUGUGGAAUCCUAAGAUUGCCCGCUCCCCUCCUGACCCUGCUGGCUGUCUCACGAAGCCGCCUGAGGACCCAGGACUCUUCUCACUGGGAGAAAGCAUGGGCUGGGCACUUAUACAAGUGUCCUCUCCGGGAGGGGAGCUCCGUUAUGCCACCCCUCUCUUGGCUUUGGUUCUGGCGCCUAUGGAGCUGGGCUCUUCCAACGCCCCUUCGUUCUUUGGAGGACGAGAGAGACCCGGGCGUAAGAGAGGAUGUGGGUACAGUGGCUGAGAUUUCAGGGGGCGCUCCCAACGCGGCCCGGGGCCAACAGCGCGCCGCCUCUCCAUUGUCCCAUCGGAUUCCAGGCUCCUCCCCUCGCCCCGCCCCCCGGUCGUGGGUCGGGGUCAUGGCGGUGCCUGGGUGGUUGCGAGCUGGGCUGUGGCUCGUGGCCUGGGCGGGGCUGUGUGACUGGCAGGUCAGACUGGCAGCGGCCGAGGACGCGCUGGGCCCUCACGUGGCCGUGCGCCUGGCCGAGCUGCUGACCCCGGAGGAGUGCGAGCUGUUUCGGGCCCUCCUGGAAGCGCCCGAGCCUGACCCGGAGGCCGAGCUGGCUCGCCUGUCCGAGGCCCGGAGGCCGCCGGGCGCUGAGCCCGAGGAACCCUGGCGGCGGAGGCGGCGGGAGGCCACCCAGGACAAGGACGGCGGCUGUCGGAAGGAGCUGGCCAGCUGGCUGGCGGCCGAGGCGCCCACCCUGGCGUGGGACCGGGUGGCCCGGGCUCUGCGGCGCUGCGGCCGGCCGGACAUGGCCCGGGAGCUGGCCAAGGGCCUGCAUCAAGAAGCCACCCUGGAGCUGCGGAAUUUCGCGCAGCCCUACCAGCGUGCUGCCGCCGCCGCCGAGGCCGCUGAGGCCGCCCAGCGGCCACCUGGGCAGUCCCUGCAGCCCCGCGCCAUCCCUCCCGACUGGGACGCCUGGGACACCUGGGACGCACUGGAGCUGAUCGUGGAGAGACUGCCCCAAGCCCCCUACCCGGGCAGCCCAGUGGGCUGGCUCGUGCCCUUGAGCCUCGGCUUCAUCUUGGGCUUCCUGGGCGCCCUGGGCAUCGGACUGCUCGUUGUCCUCCUCACGUUGUGGGUCACGGGGGGCGACGGAGACGGCAAGGAGGCGGAGGGGGAGAGGCCUGAGAGCCCGGACGGAGACACUGUGGCCCUAUUGGGGCCCAUUGACCCCCGCUGCCUGUGGGAAAUAAAGACUCUUCCCGAGUAAAA